CUCCACUCUCAGUCACCACACCAGUCUGUACUCCUUUGCUCGCCCUGCAGCUCAUACCGUCACACGAGCUGAUCUUCUCCCUCUGCCGCGACUAUCUUCUUAGCUAGUGUGACAGGACACCGACCGGCGAUAGGAUGGGGAAGAAGAGCGGCCGCGGCGGGGAGAAGAAGGGCGAGGAGAGCGCCAAGGCGAAGGCCUUCCUGCUCAAGGUGGCCAUGCACUGCCACUGCAACGGAUGCAUCGGCAAGAUCCGCGCCGCCGUCCAGGACAUCACCCUCCUUCCUGGAAUUGAAGCGGUGGAGCAGUCGGCGUUGGAGAGCAAGGGCGAGGUGAAGCUGGUGGCCACGGCGGACCCUGAGAAGCUCCGGCAGCGCCUGCGCAAGGCCACCCACAAGAACGUCGACCUCAUCCUGCCCAAGGAGACCAAGGCAGACAAGGCGAACAAGGACGACGCAGCAGCCGCGGCGCAGGCGCUGCUCGUCAACAGCCUGCAACAAGCCCAGUACGGCCAGGGCGCGUGGGCGAACCAGCUGCUCACCGCCGGUGGCGGCGGCGGCUGGAACACUCAUCAGGGGAGCUACGGCUACGGCGCUGCGGGGGUCGCGCAGGCGUACCCGUGGGCCGCGCAGCAGCCGGACCCGUACGCGGCCGCGUACCCAGCAGCUGCUGGUGCCUGGGGCGCGUACGCGUAUCCCCCAGCUCAGGGCCAUGGCGCCUACGGCGGCGGCGCAUGGUACGGCCAUGGCUACUGAUCGUCAGUACUGAGCGCGUGAAGCAGAGCCGCUGAGCCAAAGACUAGUUCACUACUAGUUGUGUUGUGUGUGUUGUUGAUGGGGGUUAAUCUCUAGUAUUGAGUACGUCAUCAAUGGUUGUAAUAAUAGCCAGUCUGUCAGUGGAUGCAUUUUAUGCUCUGUGAGAGUAGUGGUUUGGUAUCAACUGCUAGUGUUUUUUGUUGGGUUAUCAGUAAGUACACCAGGCUGUUAUGCUGCUCUGUAAUACUCCAUUUUGCAGUGAAAUUCACUGGUGAAGUAAUAUAAUAUAAUUGACUAGUCGUAUGCAUGCUACAA